AUGGCUUCCAGAUCUAUCAUGACGGAACCUAUUUGUUUGGUGGGAAACAACAAUGACCAGCUGGUGGUGAAUCCAGAAGCAUUAAAUAUCCUUAACAAGCUAUCUCAGCCAGUGGUUGUUGUGGCCAUUGUAGGGCUGUAUCGAACAGGGAAAUCCUAUCUAAUGAACCAUCUGGCAGGAGAGAAGCAUGGUUUUAGGCUGGGCUCGACAGUGAGGUCUGAAACGAAGGGCAUCUGGAUGUGGUGUGUGCCUCACCCCUCAAAGCCAAACCACUUGCUGGUUCUUCUGGACACUGAAGGCUUCGGAGACGUGGAAAAAGGUGACCUUAAGAAUGACUCAUGGAUCUUUGUGCUGGCCGUGCUUUUGAGCAGCACCUUUGUCUACAACAGCAUGUGCACCAUCAACCACCAAGCUUUGGAACAGCUACACUAUGUGACUGAACUAACAGAGCUAAUCAAAGCAAAAUCAUCCUCCACAUUUGAUGAAGAGGUUGGUUUCUCUGAAUUUGUGAGCUUCUUUCCAGACUUUGUAUGGACUAUUCGGGAUUUCAGCCUGGAGUUGAAGUUAGGUGACAGCUGUAUCACUGAAGAUGAGUACCUGGAGAACACCUUGAAGCUGGUCCGAGGUCAGAACUCCAGAAUUCAAAAUUCCAAUAUGACUAGAGAGUGUAUCAGGAAUUUCUUUCCAAAUCGGAAGUGUUUUGUCUUUGACCGACCCACGAAUGACAAUAAACUUUUAACCCAUAUUGAAGAAGUACCAGAAGAGAAACUGAGCCACGAUUUCCUGAUACAAGUGAAAAAGUUUUGUUCCUAUAUCUUCGAUAAUGCAAAGACCAAGACCCUGAGGCAGGGAAUCACAGUCUCUGGGAACCGCCUGGCGGUGUUGGUGGAGACCUACGUGAAUGCUAUCAGAAGUGGUACAGUGCCUUGUUUGGAGAACGCAGUGACAACCUUAGCCCAGCAAGAGAAUUUGGUGGCUAUACAGAAGGCAGUCGACCACUACAGUGACCUGAUGGCUCAGCAGUUGCAGCUUCCCACAGACACCCUACAGGCGUUGCUAGAUGUGCACAGUGUUUGUGAGAAAGAAGCCAUUGCAGUCUUUAUGGAGCACUCCUUUAAGGAUGAAAAUCACGAGUUCCAGAAAGAGCUUAUGAUUACCAUAGAGAAAAUGAAGGAGAAAUUUACUGAGCAGAAUGAAGAGGCAUCUAACAAAUACUGCCAUGCUGAGCUACAGAAGUUAUCAGAGACCUUGACGGAAAAUAUUUCAAGAGGAGUUUUCUCUGUUCCUAGAGGACACAGCCUCUACUUACAAGCAAAGAAAAAGAUUGAACAAGCUUAUGGACAAGUGCCCAGAAAAGGAGUUAAGGGGGAUGAGGUCCUCCAGAGAUUCCUGCAAUCUCAGGUGACAAUAGAGGAAUCCAUCCUGAAUGCAGACAAAGCACUAACUGUUAGAGAGAAGACCUUAGCAGUGGAACAGGCCAAGAUGGUGACAGUUGAGAAGGAAAAUGAGCUGCUGAGACAGAAACAAAAGGAGCAGCAGCAGCAGAUGGAGGCUCAAGAAAGGAGCUUAAAGGAAAAUAUAGCACAACUGGAAAAGAAGAUGAAGCAGGAGAGAGAGUAUCUUCAGAAAGAACAGGAAAGGAUGCUGGAUCAUAAACUGAAAGUCCAACGAGAACUACUGGAAGAAGGAUUUAAAAACAAAUCGAAGGCACUAGAACAUGAGAUAAAUCAGCUGAAGGAUGAGCUUAAAGAGGAAAACACCCCAGUCCUGAACAAUUUGAUUGACCUAGCUAAGGAAGCAUUCACAUUAUUAUUAUCUCCUUUUAUGCUAAAUGAAGGUAACAAUAUGGAAUGGUUUUGGAGUCUGAUACUCAGCUUGGAAACUGCCUCAGGAACUAAUACUGCUGAGCCUGCAGUUCUUAUUCUGGCCCAGAAGUCAUCAGCCUUAAAAUCUAGUGCCGAAGGCCUUAGGUCAUUGCUACAGCUGCGGAUGAGCCAGCCCCCUACCCAGACGGACAGCAGACUGCUUGCUGAAACCCACUAA